AUGUCUGUGAAACACAAGCGAGGGCGUGGCGCGAGGCCCGACACAGCGGAAGGCCCCGCCGCGCCAACGGAUGGCCACGCGCCGGUCACCAAGGAGGACGAUGCGGCGGCGUCGGAUGAAACGUAUCUCCUCAACUUCAAAGCCGUCCCCUACUCUGUGUGCGCCAAAGUCUUCGCCGGCGUCAUGGUCGGCGCCAUCCUGUACGCGCUGCGCGUGGCGUACACCAUCCGCCUCAUUUCCGUGCAGCUGUACGGCUACCUGAUCCACGAGUUCGACCCGUGGUUCAACUACCGCGCCACGGAGUACAUGUCCGAGCACGGCUGGAAGGCGUUCUUCCGCUGGUUCGACUACAUGAGCUGGUACCCGCUGGGCCGCCCCGUCGGCUCCACCACGUACCCCGGCCUGCAGUUCACCGCCGUCGCCAUCCACCGCGUGCUGGCCGCGCUGGGGGUGCGCAUGUCGCUCAAUGACGUGUGCGUGCUCAUCCCGGCGUGGUUCGGCUCCAUCGCCACGGCGCUGGUGGCGCUCAUGGCUUAUGAGGUCAGCGGAUCUCUCUCCGUGACCGCCGUCGCCUCGGUGUCCUUCGCCAUUGUCCCCGCACACCUGAUGCGGUCCAUGGCCGGCGAGUUCGACAACGAGUGCAUCGCCAUGGCGGCCAUGCUGCUCACCUUCUACCUGUGGGUCCGCUCCCUCCGCACGCGUGCCUCGUGGCCCAUCGGUGCGCUGGCGGGCGUGGCGUACGGCUACAUGGCGGCCGCGUGGGGCGGCUACAUUUUUGUGCUCAACAUGGUGGCCCUGCACGCCGGUGUGGCGGCGCUGGUGGACUGGGCACGCAACACGUACAGCCCGUCGCUGCUGCGCUCCUACGCGCUGUUCUACGUCGUCGGCACCGCCCUCGCCACGCGCGUGCCGCCCGUCGACAUGGCGCCCUUCCGCUCGCUGGAGCUGCUCGGUGCCUUGGUGGUGCUCGUCUUCCUCUGCGGCCUGCAGGUGUGCGAGGUGCUGCGCCGGCGUGCCGACGUCGAGGUGCGCUCCUCCGCCAACCUGAAGAUCCGCAUCCGCGUGUUCGGCGCGAUGGCCGGUGCCGGUGCCCUGGUGAUCGCCGUGCUGGCCCCCACCGGCUACUUCGGCCCGAUGUCGGCUCGCGUGCGUGCGCUCUUUGUGCAGCACACCCGCACCGGCAACCCGCUGGUGGACUCCGUCGCGGAGCACCGAAAGACGAGUCUAGAGGCGUACGAUUUUUUCCUGGACUUCACAUAUCCUUUGUGGAUCGCCGGGGCCGCGUUUCAGCUUGUAACGCUUCGAGUGAGCAGCCGCAGAUACGCAAAGCUCUUUGUGGUGCUGUACUCCUUCGUCGCCUAUUACUUUGCAGAUCGCAUGUCGCGGCUGAUGGUGCUGGCCGGUCCAGCCUCUUCCGCCGCGGCGGCCGGUCUUCUUGGAGUAAUGUACGAGUGGUGCUGGACGCAGCUCACAGGUUGGACUUCACCAGGCAGCGCACACGACGAAGCAGACUGCGAGGAUGACGUCGCUACCUCGCAGUUGACAAAGCAGAAUACAAACGAAAAUGCCGGCCGGAAGUCCAAGUCAGGCAAACGUGGUAUUCCUGUCUCUGCUGAGAAGGGAGAAGAGUACGAAGGACCUUUUUUGGCAGAUACCGUCAUUCGAUCGUUUUUCAAGUCGAUAAAGACAACGAUCGACGCUCUCCCCUUUGCAGUCCGCGCUGGUGUGGCGGUGAUCAUCCUCGCCGCCACCUUCGGUACACACACAAUUCCUAACUUCCAGCGGCGGUGCAAGAGCGCCGCAUACGCCUUUGCGAACCCCCAACUCGUGUUUCAGACGCAGCUGCAGACGGGAGAGCCGGUAAUGGUGAAGGACUACCUUGAAUCCUACGAGUGGGUGAGGGGCAGCACCCCAGAGGACGCCCGCGUGCUCGCCUGGUGGGACUACGGCUAUCAGAUCACCGGCAUCGGCAACCGCACGUCGCUCGCAGACGGCAACACGUGGAACCACGAGCACAUCGCCACCAUCGGCAAGAUGCUGACGUCGCCCGUUGCGGAGGCGCACUCGCUGGUGCGACACAUGGCGGACUACGUUCUCAUCUGGGCUGGGCAGAACGGUGACUUGGGUAAAUCACCGCACAUGGCCCGCAUCGGCAACAGCGUCUACCACGAUAUCUGUCCGAAUGACCCGCUGUGCCGCCACUUUAGUUUCCUCGAUCGAGAGUUCCGCAAACCCACGCCGACGAUGCGGGCCUCGCUGCUAUACAACCUGCACGAGAACAAAGUUGCUCCAGGCGUCGAGGUCGACCCGGCUCUCUUCCAGGAGGUGUACACCUCUAAGUAUGGCCUCGUGCGCAUCUACAAAGUGAUGAACGUCAGCCGUGAGAGCAAGAGGUGGGUGGCCGAUCCCGCCAACCGCGUGUGCAACCCGCCGGGGUCGUGGAUCUGCCCGGGUCAGUACCCGCCCGCGAAGGAGAUUCAGGCCAUGCUUGCCCACCGUGUGGAGUUUGAGCAGGAGGGGACCUUCAACCCCAAGCGCAACGAGACGUACCAUGCGGCGUACAUGGCGCGCAGUCGAAUGGCUCGCGACAUGUAA